AUGAGGAUUAUUUACCCGCACUUUCUCGGGGUGUUUUCCGCCCUAUGGGGGCUGGCGACUGGGGCUUUCCCCAGCAGCGUUCAGAUAGGUGGUCUGUUCAUCAGGAACACGGAUCAAGAGUACACAGCGUUUCGAUUGGCUAUCUUCCUGCACAACACCAGCCCCAAUGCCACAGAGGCUCCUUUCAACCUGGUACCCCAUGUCGACAACAUCGAGACAGCUAACAGCUUCGCCGUCACAAAUGCCUGUGAUAAGGGGAGUGGCCAGGAUGUUAACAGCGUUCCUUACUACGCCAGCGUUCCUUACUACGCCAGCGUUCCUUACUACGCCAAGUGA